AUGUCUGAUCAGAACGACGGGGAGCUGUCCCUUGACAAGCUCCGGAUACUUACUUCUAAAGAAUCUAAAACUGAAAAUACCCAGUAUUCCAUUCUAAGUUGGCCAGAUAAAAAACCAUGUCAGAUUACAAAUUUCCCGCAUCCAUACCCUCAGCUAGCAUCAUUGCAGAAGGAAAUGAUCAGAUAUCAAAGGAAGGAUGGAGUUCAACUUACUGCAACCCUAUAUUUGCCACCAGGCUAUGAUCCAUCAAAAGAUGGUCCCCUUCCGUGUCUGAUUUGGUCAUACCCAGGGGAAUUUAAAAGCAAAGAUGCAGCUGGUCAAGUUCGUGGUUCUCCAAACGAAUUUCCUGGCAUUGGGCCAACAUCUCCUCUACUUUGGCUGGCGAGGAGGUUUUCUAUUUUGUCGGGACCGACAAUUCCCAUAAUUGGUGAGGGUGAUGAAGAGGCAAAUGAUAGGUAUGUAGAGCAACUCGUUGCAAGUGCAGAGGCUGCAGUGGAGGAAGUCAUACGGAGGGGUGUGGCCCAUCCCGAGAAAAUUGCCAUUGGCGGUCAUUCUUAUGGAGCAUUCAUGGCUGCAAACCUCCUUGCACAUGCACCUCAUCUUUUCAGCUGUGGAAUUGCUCGCUCCGGUGCCUACAACAGAACGCUUACACCGUUUGGAUUUCAGAAUGAAGAUCGAACUCUUUGGGAAGCCACUAACACCUAUAUUGAAAUGAGUCCUUUUAUGUCGGCUAAUAAAAUUAAGAAGCCCAUCUUACUUAUUCAUGGAGAAGAAGACAACAAUUCUGGGACCUUGACAAUGCAGUCAGACAGAUUUUUCAAUGCUUUGAAAGGGCACGGCGUAGUUUCUCGUCUUGUCAUUCUUCCCUUUGAGAGCCACGGCUAUGCUGCGCGUGAAAGCAUAAUGCAUGUCCUCUGGGAGACCGAUAGGUGGCUGCAGAAGUACUGCGUGCCAAACACUAAAAAUGAAGAUACUGAUGCUGACACGAGCAAAGGAAUAGAAAACAAAGCUGUUACUGCAGCUGAAGGGGUCAGGGAGGUGGACGAUCAUCAACGGAUGACUACACUGUAUCACUCUCGACGAUCAUCCUUGUGGUAA